UCAAUCCUCAAAGUCCACGAGUGACACAACAAAGUGUGUGAUCAAGUAGUUAUGGCACAAGAUUCAGAGAAAAUAUGUGAAGGUGCUUCGGAGUCUGCAAUCACCCCAGUGAUUGGAACACAAGCACCAGAGAGUGAACCAAAAAGCACUCCAACAACUCAAAGAAUCAAAGCCACAAGGCACCCUCGGUGGACAAGACAAGAAACACUUGUUCUCAUAGAGUCCAAGAAAAUGGUAGAAAGUGGAGAACAAGUUUGUCGAUUCAGAUCAGCAUCAGGGUACGUUCAAACUGAUCCGAAAUGGGACAUGGUGUCGUCGCUGUGUCAGCAGAGAGGUGUGAAGAGAGGGGCUGUUCAGUGCAGGAAAAGAUGGGGCAAUCUUCUCACUGAUUUCAGGAAGAUCAAGAAGUGGGAAUCAAGUGUAAGAGAGGAGAGUGAAUCGUUUUGGAUAAUGAGAAAUGAUGUGAGGAAGGAGAAGAAGUUGCCGGGGUUCUUUGAUUCUGUGGUGUACAAUGUGUUGGAUGGAGGGGUGUGCACCACUGUUGCAUUUCCCUUGACACUCGUUAAGAUGGCGCCAAAUAAAGUGGAGAUUCUUGAUGGUGAGAAAAUGGGAUGGAGCACUGAGGAGGAAAACAUGGAGACUAACAUCACUGGAAAUAUGAUCAAUGGUUUUCCGAAAACACCAAAAAAAGGCAUUGCAGGGAGUCUCAAAAGGACACCCAUACUCACACUGCCUACUCCAGAGAAAGUACAGCAGCAGCCAUCUUACCAAGGGAACUACGAUCCUGGCAUUCAGAGGGAACCUAUAUUCCAGGAGGGAAUGGGAUACAAGAGAAAGCGGUUAUCAUCGGACAUUAGUGAGGACAGCACAGAUUUCAACAACAUUACCAAACUACUAAGGAGGAACAGUGACAUACUAAAAGCUCAUAUUGGGACUCAGAACAUAAAUUACCAAUUGGCCAGGGACCAGCAGAAGCAGCAAACUGAUAUUAUAGUUGCAGCCCUUGGCAAGCUCACAGAUGCUCUUACAAAAAUUGCUGACAAGCUAUAAAUGAAUUCACAUCAAAAGACAAAUGA